GUUGGCAAGUCAACUUCUAAAAGUACUUAGAAUGGUUUUUGUCUUCACCUUGACACAAUGGUAAUUAAAUCUAUGCCUAUAAUUUGCUGUAAAAGCUAAGAAACCAAACCGAUUCUACCAAACAUUACCAAUACAAUACCUUCUUCUCUAUCUAUUAUUGUUCCUCCAUGGAUAUAGACGAGAUGGAAGAAAAUAAUCAAGUCGAACAACAUCAUGUCGAUACAUCUCGUCCUUUUAGCUCAGUUAAAGAAGCUGUUGCCAUAUUUGGCCAACGGAUUAUGCUACCGAUACAAACUCAAACCUUAAACUCUAAACCGGCAAGUCCUAUUGCUACUCGUAGCGUCAGCCAGGCCGCUAAACCAAGAACUCCUGUUGCUAGUUCUAGCAUCAGCCAGACUGCUAUAACGGUAAGUCCUAUUGCUAGUCCUAGUAUCAGCCAGACCACUUCUUUACCAUCUUCUCCAUGGAAGCAACGCUCCUUGUUGCCCUCUUCGCCACAAGGUCCAAAAGAAGAGAUCAUGGAUGUUUUGAAGAAGCUUGAAGCUGAAAUAACGGAAACUAAGACAGAGGUGAAGAUGUUGAAGGAGAGAGAGUCAGAGACAGAGGUGGCUUUAGCUACUCUAAACGCCGAGCUACAUAAGAACAUGUCAAAGAUGGCGAAAGCCGAGGCUGAUGCAGCAGGGAAGAGCGCGGCAGCCAUGGUCAAAUCGGUGAGCUUCAAGGAACCAAAAGAGAAAGAAAGCGGUGAUGAAGAGAGGAGGAAAGAGCUGACGAGGAGGAUACAGAAAGAGUAUCCUUCAUUGGCUCAGAUACUUGAGAGUAACAAAGGAAACAGAGAUGGGUAUUUUGCGAAGAGUACAAAGAAGAAGAAGAAGAAACCUAUCAUUCCGCUUGUGGGAGAUUUCUUUUUCUUCAAGAAGAAAGAAUCUUCGACUGAAAUAUCUGCACCUCUUUACACUACCUCUUCCACCUUGCACUUUUAGCUGAAACACCCAAAAUCCAGAGAGAAAAGUCAUGUACUCUUCAAGUGUAUAUAUAUGAAUGUAUGCAAAUCAAUAUUUGUGAUAUCUGUGUGUUUGCCUGUAUUUGUCUGUGUUUGAGUGUGUGUGUGUGUGUGUGUGUGUGUGGUGUGUAUGUGUGUGUUUGUGUAUUCUUUAUUUGUUUGGAUUUUUAGUGCAAAGCAUCAUCUUUUGUCCCCCCCCC